CACGAACCCCAACUCCACAAACUCCCGACACUUGCGGCGCAAUCCCGAAGAUGGUGGGCGAUGAAGACGGUGAUCUAGCCGUUGUCGGCGGGAGUCAGACAAUUACAAAAGAAGACAACUUCACUGCGCUCUGACAUACCCUGCAGCACAGCCAUCAUCACCAACUUCAAGAUCUCAUCUCAUCAUCAAAGGGAAAAGAUACCUAUCACACCCCUCGCCUUCUGCCCCUCAUACGACUGCAACACCGCACAUCCACCCACUUCACCCCUCACAGUCAUUCAAGAUGUCGCCCAGCGCCCUUCCCGCCCAAAAGUCUUACAGCAUCGCCUCCAUGGGGGCUGAUGGCAUCGGCCCGGAGGUCAUCGAGGCCGGUGUGGAGGUCCUCAAGGCUCUUUCCGAGACUCUUGGCACAUUCGACCUCAACUUCACCGACUACGACUGGAGCUCCGAGACUUACAAGAAGACCGGAAAGUACAUUCCGGACGGUGGUCUCGAGCAGCUCAAGAAGCACGACGCCAUCCUCUUCGGCGCCGUCGGUGCUCCCGAUGUCCCCGACCACAUCUCCCUCUGGGGUCUCCGCUUGGCAAUCUGCCAGCCCUUCCAGCAGUACGCCAACGUCCGUCCCACCCGUGUUCUCCGCGGUACUCAGUCUCCCCUCCGCAACUGCGGUGAGGGUGAUUUGGACUGGGUCAUCAUCCGUGAGAACAGCGAGGGUGAGUACGCCGGCCAGGGUGGUCGCUCGCACCGCGGCUUCCCCUGGGAGACCGCCACCGAGGUUUCCAUCUUCACCCGCCACGGUGUUGAGCGUUUGAUCCGCUUCGCUUUCGAGACUGCCCGCAGCCGCCCACGCAAGCUCCUCACUUUUGUCACCAAGAGCAAUGCUCAGCGUAACGGCAUGGUUCUCUGGGAUGAGGUUGUCUACGAGGUUGCCAAGGACUUCCCCGACGUCUCUCUUGACAAGAUGCUCGUCGACGCCAUGACUACAAGAAUGGUUCUGAACCCCAAGAGCUUGGACACCAUUGUUGCCACCAACCUGCACGCCGACAUUCUCUCCGAUCUGGCUGCUGCCCUCGCCGGCUCCAUCGGUAUUGCUCCUACCAGCAACUUGGACCCCAGCCGCAAGAACCCCUCCAUGUUCGAGCCCAUCCACGGCUCCGCCUUUGACAUCACCGGCAAGGGUGUUGCCAACCCCGUAGCGACCUUCUGGACUGCCGCCGAGAUGCUCGAGUGGCUCGGCGAGAAGGAGGCGGCGACGCAACUCAUGGAGUGUGUCGAGAACGUCACUGGCAACGGUGUUGUCACUGCCGAUCUCGGUGGCAAGGCGACGACGAAGGAAGUUACUGCUGCUGUUGUGGCCGAGAUCAAGGCCAGGCUUGGCAAAGGCAGGCAAUAGAGGGUUACUUGGGCAUAAGAAAUGUAGCGAGGAUUUAUGAUUGCGCAUGAGGAGGACCUGAGCUUACAUGAUAGGAAGCAGUGAGGGGAUAGAAUACCAGCAUAUGUACAUGUUGGAUUCACAGGUGGAAAAGGAAAAUACUCGAGUAUCGUGGGUAGCAACGAUCACCGACUGUAGUGGUGAUAUUGCUUGUUCUUGUUGUUCUUGAGUGGAAGUCUAACCAGGUGCCAGCGGCGGCAGGAAGUCUGGGGUAUACCACCCUCGUGUGGCUGAGCCACACGGACCACCGUGGCUGGAACGGACCGCGGCAGCAACCUCCUGCUGCCUAAUGUAGGCCUAUUCCAACA